AUGGGUUUUCUGCAUACACAUCUCAAUGUCACCGAUCACUGUACAAACAUUAGCUGUGCACAAGUGUUGCUGAAGCCUAAAGACAAAGGAAUCCUGUGUGAAAAGGCAAAGUGCAUUAGCUCAUAUAUCCAGAAGAAGGAAUUCUACGAGCACAUUAAUAAACUUUGCAAGAAGAUAUCAGUGUGUUGGUACUGUGGUGCUCAGAAUGGAACAGUCAAGAAGCUUCCUCCACUCAAGAUUAUUCAUGAAAGAUUCAAGACUGUAAAGAAAGGGGACCCUAUUCUUGACAAUUAUUUUCGUCAGUUUGAUGCAGCGAUGGAGUACAAUAAGCAACUAGAUGAUCAACUUUUAUCAAAUAUUGUUGAAUUUCUUAAUCCUAGUCAAGUGUUGGACCUCUUUGAAAGGGGUGGCACUCAGAAGCUGCCCAUGCCUGGCUGGCUGGCUGCUGCCGGCCGGCCGUGCUGA